ACGCUGUGUACGCUACAGGCGUCGCGGACAGUGCUAAGUUUGUGAACGUACGAUAACUUUCAGCGAUGAAUCUAAAGAUGCAAGUAGCUGUUCUGGUUGCGGUCUUCCUGUGUAUGGUGGAUGGUGCCCCAGAUGGAAGAUUGGUUAGGAGCAAACAGCAGCGUCCUACGCGCGGGUUCAAGAAUGUAGAAAUGAUGACGGCAAGGGGUUUUGGGAAGCGCGCUCAAACUCGGUCCGAACGCGACGUGACACAACAAACAGCGUCACCACGAAUGAAUCGUGGUACUCCCACAUUUAAAAGUCCCUCCGUGGGUAUCGCCAGAGAUUUUGGCAAAAGAACACCGGAACUGGAUUCAGAAGGUUUCGAAGAAGUGCGGCCGACAUUUAUUCCCCAUGUUAAACUUAUGGUAGCAAGAAAUUACGGAAAACGAGGCGAUGAAAUGAACGAGGAAGAGGAAGAAAUAAGAGUAUCCCGAGGUAGUUUCACACCAAAUUCGAACGUACUUAUCGCACGGGGUUAUGGUAAAAGACAGGACGAAAAUGGUGAAGUGUAUGGGCUGGACAACUUUUGGGAAAAUCUUGAGGCCAUACAAGAAAAGGAGGCGCAAGAUGAUGAAAAAGUAUUGGAAAGCAUUCCAUUGGACUGGUUUGUGAAUGAGAUGCAGAACAAUCCGGACUUCACUCGAUCCGUUGUACGAAAAUUUAUUGACCUUAAUCAAGACGGCGAAUUAUCUGCGGACGAACUCCUGAGAAACGUGGCAUAAUCUUAAUUAUACUAAACUUUCGAAUCUGUUAAAGUUAAUUAUGUUUGGAAACUUUACUUACUGUAUUUAAAUUUAGUACUGUGAUAAAUUAUUUUUAAAUUGCAACAAAAAAUUGAAAAAAAAAAAUGUUAUCUUUGAAAAUGGAAUAAAUCGCUUUGUAAAUACAUAUAAUAAAUUGUCAAUGGCGUAAUCUUUGGUCAAUUUGAAUAGAUAUUCGAUGUUUUAUGGACGCCAUUUUUAGAAAUAAUGUUAUAAUAUAUUUUUGUUGUGACGUAGAUAUUUUCUCAUGUGUUUUUAAAAUGGAUGAUGACGAUAGAGACACAAGACUUAAAAGUAGUUACUGUUUUGUAUUCUCUUCUAAAUAACUUGGUUACCAUAGGCUGGGUAUAAUUGAGUACUUUUAAUUUAUACUCUACAUACAUACAUGUAGUUAUGUUAAAAUAUAUGAUUGUAUAGUACAUUAUAUGUGCGGAUAUCCGACUGUCGAAAUUUUGGAAUAAAGAUGUUGGGUAUCGAAAA